AUGUCUUCUUCUUCUUUUCCAUUCACUCCACCAAAAGAGUCUUAUGAAAUCUUUGCAACGGGGUAUUCUGGUGCACUUGUUCCACUGCAAUUUCAACCUCCAUCUAGCAUACAAAUCGUAAAAGAUGGUCAAUUGAACAAUCAGACAGGAGAUUCACCUUCUUGGAUCACAUUCACAGAGGGGAAAUUUCCCUUCAGUAAAACACUUGGAUACGUAACGAGUGAAGCGGCACACAACGGAACCGUAUACGUUUUGCAAAAAGACCAAAAAAUUCUUCCCGUUCCUUCUUCCUCUUCUCCACCUUGGAAAGUGAUCGGGAACAAAGAUGGAUACAGUACUGCAGGUGGCGGUCCAGUAGCAAGUUGCGUACAAGGUCAAUGUCUGUAUGUAGCAAAUUACAAUUCAGGUUCAGCUGCUGUUAUUCAAUUGGGUAAAGAUGGCAUCCCAGUUGAACAAAACGGUCAACCCGCCUCUGUAUUUCAAUACAAAGUCAAUCAAACCGGUCCUGUGACCACAAGACAAGAUCACAGUUAUGCACAUGAUGCAGUUGCAAGUCCGGAUGGUAAAUGGGUUUACAUUUGUGAUUUAGGAGCUGAUCAAAUUCAUCAUAUCGAAGCAACACAAGGGCAAGAUUGCAGGCAAUCUAUCAAUCAACAAUCACAAUCUACUCAAUUGGGAAGCGGUACAGGUCCACGUCAUUUGGCUUUUUAUCAUGAUAAACAAACGAAUAAACAGUAUGCUUACCUUACAAGUGAAUUGGCAAGUACACUUACUGCGUUUGAACAUGAUCCUGAAACAGGCGCAUUGAAUAUCAUCGGAAAGCCAGUUCUGAGCGUUCCAGAAGGUACGCCUUUAGGAGGCAAUCAAACUGCCGGUCCACAAAGAACGACAGCCGAAUUAGCAAUCAGUCCAGACGGGCGAUUCGUAUAUGUUUCCGAUCGUGGAGAUGAUGUUGAAGAUCAUAUAACAAUCUAUAAACGUGAUCAACAGGAUGGAAGUAUCCAAUUUGAGAAAUGGGUAAAAAGUGGCGGAAAGAUGCCAAGGCAUUUUUCACUUUCGCAAGAUGGUCACUUUUUCGCUAUUGCCCAUCAAACGACUGGUAAUGUGGUCAUCUUUGGACGUGAUCCUCAAUCAGGCGAUCUUACAAAAACAGGAGCAGAAGUUGAUGGGCUUGAUCAAGUCGCAUUUGCAGGCUUUGUACCAAAAUAA